AUGACUGGUUUUGUUCAGACAUCUUCUUCAGGAGCUACUGAUGAUGAUUUUUAUGAAAAUGAGAUUAUUAAAAAAAAUAUUGGUAAUAAUACUAAUAAUAAUGUAUUUCAAAAAAGUAAUAAACAUUCUGGAGCUAAAGAGUUAGCUAGUUUAUAUAGUAAAGAAAAACGAUUACAGGAAAUUAUAUCAUUAACUUUUGGAUUAAGUUUAUUAAUAGUAAAUGGAUUUUUUUUAAUAUUAACAAUAAAUCAAAUAAGUAUAUUAUCUUUGGUAAGUUGUGUCUUUCUUGGUAUAUUAGCUGCUGAUAUAUUAUCUGGACUUGUUCAUUGGGCUGCUGAUACCUGGGGAACUGUUGAAAGUACAUUUGGAAAAGCUUUUAUUAGAUCAUUUCGGGAACAUCAUGUAGAUCCAACAGCUAUUACUAGACAUGAUUUUAUUGAAUGUAAUGGUGAUAAUUUUCUUGUAAUAAUACCUGUAAUGGCUUUUAUAACAUAUCAACAUCUAUUUUAUGAUGAAGAAUACUUAAAAAGUUGUUUAUCAAAACAUUGGUUUUGGUUUUUAUUAUGUAUUUAUGGGGCAAUGACUAAUCAAAUUCAUAAAUGGUCCCAUACCUGGAAAGACCUUAAUCCAAUUGUUCAAAAAUUACAAUCAUGGCAUAUCAUUUUACCACGCCAACACCAUAAAAUUCACCAUAUAGCUCCACAUGCCUGUAGUUAUUGUAUCACUACAGGUUGGUUGAAUUAUCCUCUUGAUAAGAUUCAAUUUUGGAGAGGAGCUGAAUGGAUUAUUACUAAAAUAACAGGCCUUCAACCAAGAGAUGAUGAUCUGAUGUGGGCUAUGAAAAAAUAA